CUUUCUGGUCCGGUGGCUCGCUCCGGGAAAGCCAGGCAUGAAGAUCACGAGGCAGAAACACGCCAAGAAGCAUCUUGGCUUCUUCCGCAACAAUUUUGGGGUCCGCGAGCCGUACCAGAUCCUGCUGGACGGCACCUUCUGUCAGGCGGCUUUGCGGGGCCGCAUCCAGCUGCGGGAGCAGCUGCCCCGCUACCUCAUGGGGGAGACUCAGCUGUGCACCACCAGGUGUGUGUUAAAAGAGUUGGAAACAUUGGGAAAGGACUUAUGUGGGGCAAAGCUGAUUGCACAAAAAUGCCAGGUUCGAAACUGUCCCCAUUUCAAGAAUUCAGUGAGUGGAUCAGAAUGUCUGCUUUCCAUGGUGGAAGACGGGAAUCCUCACCACUAUUUUGUGGCAACACAGGUGAUACCACUUUUAAAACCAGACACCCAGAAUGGACUGAGACAGGGUCCCCCAAUUGUUUCCAAGAAAUCAUUGGUAAAAUUUGUCCUGCACAAAGAAAUGCUGCUGGCCGAUCAUAGAAUAUACAGAGGAACAGAGGACAGGAUCAAAGACAAGGAUGCUUUCUCUCCACGUCUAAAUGGAACCAAGGGAAGGCUGUCAGCGUGGUUUAGACGGAGGUUUCACAGAGUAGGCUGUGGCCAGCAAGUGUAG